ACUCCAUCUCAAGAAAUCACAAUCCCGUGCCUGAUCCCCCACCCACGCCCACCCCAAUCCAAGAAACAGAAAUUCCCGAGCACCAAGCACGGGCAGAACUCAUCGCCCAAGAGGCUGUGCUGCAGCACGCUGGAAGGCCAGCACCAACACAUGCACGCACAGCACACCACUCUCGGGCAAAACACCGUGACGCACGGCGCCUCGAUGGCCACCACCAGACACUACCACGGCCUCCUGGGGCUGGCGCGCGGUGCCACGGAGAGGGCGAUAAGGAGGCAGUGCCGGAGCCUCGCCCUCGCCGCCCACCCUGACAAGAACCCGCAGGACGUGGCGGCGGCCACGGCAAUGCUCCAGCAGCUGCAGCUGGCGGUGCAGACUCUCUGCGACGCCGACUCAAGGGCCGCCACCACGACGGUGGCCCUCACCUACACGGACGUGGCGGCAAGGGCCAAGGAGGAACAAGGAGAGAAGAGGAAGGUGGAGGAAGGGAGGGGGGAGGAAGAGGAGCAGCAGAAGGAGAGUGGAGGUUGCGUAGGAGUGGAAGAGGUAUUAGCUGAGACAGACACGGAAAGGAGGGAGGAAGGAGAGGAAGAGAAAAAGGAAGGAGAAGCUGACGUGCAGCUGACAGGCACAGAGAGGGAGCCGCCCUAUCCGCUGGGCUGGGAGGAACCGGUGGCCCGGCUCAGGUGUGCUGAACACCUCGUCUACUUCAGCAACUGUGAGGAGUGCCUCAGCGGUAUGACUGCCCAGGAGCGGCAAAGGCGCCUGCAGGAGCGGCGGGACCGUAUCAGCGAGCGACGCGUCGAGCGGCGGGAACGACUGCAGCAGCUCAACGGCGAUGGCAAGACGAAGAAGCGUAAGGGACGCAGGGCCCGGCGGCUACAGGCCAAGGCGGAGGAGGAGCUUUCUCGGCGGCCUCGCAAGAUCAGGUUCAACCUGAAGGACGUCCCCAAACCCGUCAAGGACCGGGAGUUCCUGUACCGCCUCUACCAGUCCAGGAAAGGCGGCAUGGUGCAGCAGUGGCGCAACCGCCUCGCCGCCCUCAACAACAGCGAGGCGGCGUGGCGGCAGGAGCUGGACGCCCUGGCGGCCAAGCGAGGCUGGCGGGCCGAGGGCCUCGAGUACACGGAGCGGAGUGUGCAGGAGGAGGAGUGGGUGGCAGAGGCCAAGGACGAACAUGGAGAGAAGGGAGGGAGGGAGUGCUUGGAAGGAAAGGGUGAGGAGGGGGAGGAAGAAAGGAAGGAGGAGGAACAGGGUGAGGAAGGGAAGGUGGAGGAAGAGAGGGUGGAGAAGGAACAGGGGGAAGGGAAGGUGAAGGGAGUGAUGAAGGGUAAGGAGGAACAGAGAGAGGAAUGAAGGAGGAGGAAGAGAGGGACGAGA